AUGCUAACAACAUGCGUCACUGUAUCAAUUAUAUUCGCCAUGUUAAUGUAUGAAAUAACAUAUUCGUUGAAAGAAACUAUGAACGAUGACGAAGCAAGCACGGUCUCAAGCAUUCGAGACUGGGGACCUGUCAGUUACGCCGGUUCGGAGCUGGAAACCAUGUGAAUAUUCAAAGCGUCACAUAUAUAGUUUCAGUAGCGCUGAAUAAAUGUC